AUGGAAACAGGAUCAUCCAACAUCGGCCUUGACACGAAGAUGGUACCCUCAUGGGGUCAGGGGAAUCAUGCAAAUAUUGGUGGAGCUGUGGAUGUUGUAUUGGUUACCCACGUUGGUGGGGCAGCUGUGAAUGUGUUUGUUGCUAACGUUGGUGGAGCAGCUGUGGAUGUGUUUGUUGCCAACGUUGGUGGAGCAGCUGUGGAUGUGUUUGUUGCUAACGUUGGUGGAGCAGCUGUGGAUGUGUUUGUUGAUAACAUUGGUGGAUCAGCUGUGGAUGUGUUUGUUGCCAACGUUGGUGGAUCAGCUGUGAAUGUGUUUGUUGCCAACGUUGGUGGAGCAGCUGUGGAUGUGUUUGUUGCUAACGUUGGUGUAGCAGCUGUGGAUGUGUUUGUUGCCAACGUUGGUGGAGCAGCUGUGAAUGUGUUUGUUGCCAACGUUGGUGGAGCAGCUGUGGAUGUGUUUGUUGCCAACGUUGGUGGAGCAGCUGUGGAUGUGUUUGUUGCCAACGUUGGUGGAGUAGCUGUGGAUGUGUUUGUUGCCAACGUUGAUGAAAUUGUGGAUGUUUGGGUUGACCAUGUUGGUGGUGAUGUGAUUGUUGUGCUGUUGUUCUUUGAGCUGCUGGCAAAGUUCAACAUAAAUUGGUGGCUGUGUUGGACUUGA